UCUUUAUAACAUGGCACCCUCUGUUUCUCAUCUGUGUCUUUAUGUGCUGGGGGUAGUGAUGGUAGGGUCUGUAGCACGCUGUGAUUUUAUAGAGUCACAUUUCGGAGCAUAUAUGCCUGGUGACAUUGUCCUUGGAAUUGUGGGAUCAGUUCAUUCUAAAGUACAAGACCUUAAAAAUCGGACAAGCCCAGGAUUGUAUACUUGCACAGACUUUGAUCAAAUACCAUUUAUGGCAUCUUUAGUUGUGUUUCACACAAUUGAAGAGAUCAAUAACUCAGGCUUCCUUCCUGGUAUUAAACUUGGUUAUCUGAUGUGUGAUGCUUGUGUAUAUGGUACCAAAGCUUUAGACUGUGUGGAGCGCAUGCUUGCUGUUAAUGGGCCACCUACACUCCUCCCUGACUACUCAAACUUCACAUCACCCAUAAAAGCACUCUUGGGUGAAAGAUACUCAGAAUUGUCUAUUCCUAUUGCCAAACUCCUCAGUCUCUACAUGAUUCCCCAGAUAAGUUGCACCUCUACUGCACCAGCACUGAGUGACAAAUUACGCUAUGCGUCGUUCUUUCGCGUUGUUCCAAGUGAUUUGUACCAGACUAAGGCACUGGCAAAGCUCAUGAGCCAUUAUUCCUGGAACUGGAUUGGGGUGGUUACCCUUGAUGAUGAUUAUGGCAGAGCAGUCCUUGAGAACUUUGUGCAGGAUGCACAGAAAGAACAAGUGUGUCUCCAUUACCAGAAAAUCUUACCAAAUUACCUAGGUUCAUCAGAUAUAGAAGAGAAAAUAAUAAAUGUAGCUGAUCAAAUUGAAUCUUCAAAUGCAACAGUUGUUCUGCUUAUUCUAAGACCAGAACAUGUGCAGAUGAUCUUUCAGGAGAUGAUUAAGAGAAAUGUUAGUCGGGUCUGGAUUGCUAGCGAUGCCUGGUCCACAGCACGCUUCUUAAUGAAGAUGAAAGACAUUAACAAAGUGGGAGACAUAUUUGGUUUUACUUUCAUCACUGGGGACAUUCCUGGUUUUGCAGACUACGUGCGGAACAUUAGACCAAGUCCAGGGGCGAGGAAUGAUUUCAUCACUGAGUAUAAACAAAUGCGGUCAAACUGCGCUCAGGGUCAGGAAUCACAGAACCCUUUUUUUUUGUAUUGCAACAAUACAGAUGAUAGUUUCCUUCUUCAGACUGUGGAUCUGACAGAGGCUUUCAGUCAGAGAGUGGCAGUCUAUGCCAUUGCUAAUGCUAUCAAGAAGCUUUUAAAAUGUGAUGACACUUCCUGUUCUGAAGACACUAACUUCCUGCCUUGGAAGCUUAUAAGCAUUCUUCGUAACAUGAACUUCACUGUGGACAACCAGACAUACUUCUUUAAUAAAGACGGUGAUUUUGAAAAUGGUUAUGAUCUUAUCAUGUGGAAGAAGGAUGGUGAUGAAAGAAUACUUGAUGUUGUGGGGAAAUACCUUAUAAGCAAUAACAACGUUGAUGUCUAUGAACAAAAAAUCUCAUGGUUUAACAAUACGGUUCCUGAAUCCAGAUGUUCAAAGAAGUGCCCAAAAGGCACACACAAGAACAUAUUAAAUAUAACAUGCUGCUAUACCUGUAUCAGCUGUGCUGCUGGAGAAUAUUCUGACCAAGAGGAUCAAGCAAUGUGUUCAAAGUGUCUAAAUGGAACAUCUAAUGCUGAAGCAACAAAAUGUGUGGAAUGGAAGGUGGGAAUUUUGGAGUGGUCAGCAGCACAUUCUAUUGUGGUUCUUUUUGCGACAGCAAUUGGCAUCCUACUAUUAGUUGCCUCGAUUAUAUUUUUCAUUAAACACAGAAAACACAGAAUAGUAAGCGAGAUCUUAAUAUUGUUGUGCAUUAUGCAUGUAGGCCUAGUUGUAAGUUUUGGAAGUGUAAUAGCUUUUUUAGGUGAUCCAACCCCCCAUCAGUGCAUGUUACAACAGGCAAUGUAUGGUCUUGGCUUCACUCUCACUGUGGCAUGCAUUCUGGUUAAGGCGUUUGGCUCGUUCAUAGCCUUCCUGUCCUAUGACCCAAAUAGACAGCGUUAUUUAAGCAGGUUUAAUAGGGCUUUUGUUAACAUAGCCAUCAUCACUGCUGUUCAAGGUCUCAUUUGCCUCUUCUGGUUUAUAUUUGAUCCUGCUUUUGUUAACAAAAAACAAUCUAAAUAUGAUUCAACUGUUAUGGACCAUAUGUGUGCUUAUGGGUCUAACUUGGCUGGCUUUGCUGUGUUGCAUAUAUACAUUGCUGUUCUAGCUGUGUUAUGUUUUGUCUUUGCCUUCAAAGGAAGAGAGAAUGAGAAUGAGCCUAUAGUCUUCAGCAUGCUCUUUCAUUUGUUUGUCUGGCUUUGUUUUAUUCCGUUCUUUUUCCUAAUGGAGGAAAAGCGGCACAUUAUUCAGCUCUCUGCUAUUAUGGUCUCCAACUAUGGAGUCAUGAUCUGUCACUUCAGCCCAAAAUGGUACAGAAUAUUUUUUAGAAAUUAGAGAGAAGAAACCCUAUUUUCACUCUGCUGGCAGGAACAUGGACAGAAGUUGGUUCUAUUAGGCAAAAUAUGUAGACGAAUUUAAAAGCAGUAGAAGUAUUGUGGUAAAUGGUAUAUUCAGCUAGUGAAUAAAAAAUAGCUACAGGGCAAAGAAACAAUAUUCAAUAAACAAUAUAACAAAGUCCAUAUCAUUGCAAGGGUUUGAGCUCAAUUAUGAAAUCGUUGGUGUGAAUUGAAAAGGACAAUCUAUAUGAACAAACAAGAAUAUGUAAAUGUUACUAAAAUACGGUGCAUAGAGGCAAAUAUUGAGAUCCCUUAUCAGCAUUAUUAGACACUAUUUGAAAAGACAUUUACCCUUUACAAGAUUCCAUUGUACUUAAUCUCACAAUAUGAAUCAUUACACAUUUCUGUAUUACACGUUUCAUGAAGGGUUGCAAUAAUUGUAUGAUGUUUUUCAUUUUAAAUAUAGUAUAAAAUAGCAGUAAUUUUUUUAAGACAAUUAUUGUAAAUAGG